AUGUCGGGUUGUUGUCGAACCCCUACGUCCGCAUUUGCAGGUCAAGCAAGCAGCCCGACAGCUGCAAUGGGCCCCCAAGGUCCUCGCGGAGAUCCCGGUCCCGCGGGUCCGGAAGGCGCCGUUGGUCCCCCUGGUCCACCCGGUCCAGCCGGACCUCCAGGUCCUGACGGAGCUGCCGGUGCACAGGGGCCUCAGGGUCCCCCUGGCAUAGCUGGCAAAAACGGUCGUGAUGGUUUGCCCGGUGUAGCUGGACCUCCCGGUCCUCAGGGUCUCCCCGGAGUAGCUGGUGAACCCGGUCCAACUGGCCCCCCUGGUCGUCAAGGCUACCAGGGUCCUCCUGGCGAAAAGGGUGAUGCUGGCUUCGACGGUAUGACUGGGUCCCCAGGACCGGUCGGUCCACCUGGUCCUGCAGGUCCAAUGGGUCCAGUCGGUCAGAUGGGCCCAACUGGAUACCAGGGUGCAGUCGGUCCACGCGGCGAGGCUGGAGCCGAUGGCCGUGCUGGUCUUCCCGGACCCCAGGGUGCCAUGGGACCCCCGGGCCCUCCCGGUGUCUCCGGUCAAAUCGGACCGAAGGGCAAGCGUGGUGAAAGCGGUCCCCGUGGGCCUCGUGGGAAACGUGGAGCCGCUGGCGCUGCUGGAAGUCCAGGACCUGCUGGUGAACCCGGACCCGUGGGUGAACCAGGUCUGGACGGACGUCCAGGUCCACGCGGUGAGGCCGGCGAAGCAGGCCCCCAGGGGCCGAUGGGUCCCACCGGACGCAGGGGGGAUCGCGGUGUCGCGGGCAGGACCGGUGCGCAGGGACGCAAAGGUCCGACCGGUGACUCCGGCCCCAUGGGACCUGUGGGCCCUACGGGCGCAGUCGGACAGAAGGGAGAACGCGGCCAGACCGGACGAGACGGCGACCAGGGCGAAAUCGGCCCCCGUGGUGAUCAAGGCCCAAUGGGUGCUCCCGGAGCCAAGGGCACCCGUGGAGAAUCCGGUCCACCAGGUCUGCCUGGAUCCCCCGGAUUGGACGGUCGCCCUGGUCCCGACGGAGCCCCCGGCGAGAACGGUCCACAGGGCGAGCCAGGUCUAACUGGACCCCCGGGUCCGAUGGGUCGCUCCGGAAUGGACGGUCAGCCUGGUCCCCGUGGCGACAUGGGACCUCACGGACUUGACGGAGCCACGGGACCCAAAGGAGCGAGAGGUCCACCUGGACCCCCUGGUCGUCCUGGAAACCUCGGAAAGCCCGGCUCCCCUGGCGCUUCUGGUGCGCUAGGCCCACCUGGUCCUCCCGGACCUACGGGCGUUCCGGGUCCCGUGGGUGAACAAGGUCCAAAAGGUAUAACUGGGUUUGCUGGUCUGGUCGGUGAUAUUGGCGAGCCUGGUGAUUCCGGUCCACCAGGUCUUGAUGGCGCCACCGGUCCCACUGGAAGCCAGGGUGUUCCUGGCUUCCCCGGUCCAUCUGGCGAUCAGGGACCUGCUGGCAGCGCCGGUGCCGAGGGAGACGUCGGUCCACCAGGCUUCGAUGGCGUCUCCGGUAAGGACGGCAAGCCCGGAGCCCGAGGCAAGGAUGGAGCACCUGGCCCGCCAGGUGAACCAGGCGAACAGGGCCCACCUGGAUCUCGCGGUAUCCGCGGUGAACGUGGUGUCACAGGCGAGAAGGGUGUCGAUGGCGGACCUGGAGAUGACGGUGCCGCUGGACCUCCUGGCCCGCAGGCAAGACCGCAAAUUCUUAAUGAGCAUGAAAUAGUUCGGCUUAGUACAGCCGCCAACAUUGAUUGUGGACCAUCUGGUCCACCUGGCCCACCAGGCAAAACAGGAAUCCCUGGAGAAGUUGGCGAAGAGGGUGACGAGGGCUUAGCCGGUCCCCCCGGAACCCCUGGAUUGGAUGGUAUUCGAGGACCCCAGGGCAUGCGUGGUCCCGCGGGUGCUGCUGGCAUCGCGCGUGAAUUAGUUCCUGUCGCUGGCGGCCAGGGUCCGAAGGGUCCACGAGGUCCCACCGGGCGUUCUGGUCCAUCCGGUGACCAAGGCCCCAAAGGAGAGCCCGGAGAAGCUGGUCCACCGGGAGCACCCGGAGAGCCUGGUGAACAAGGACCCACUGGGCCUGCAGGUGACCCUGGUCCCGACGGUAAACCAGGCGUUGAUGGUGAAGAUGGUCCGGAUGGGGUUCCUGGCGAGGAUGGUCCGGUUGGUCCUCGUGGACCCGGCGGAGAACCUGGCGCCAUGGGUCGUCCUGGACCGCCUGGUAAAGCUGGUCCUGUUGGCCAGGAUGGCCCCCCUGGAGCGGCAGGUGAGACAGGUAAACGCGGUCCAACUGGUCCCACAGGCCCGAUGGGCGACCGCGGCCUUACCGGGCCCGCUGGUGCAAACGGUACCGAUGGACCUGACGGACGAAAAGGUCCACAGGGACGAAGAGGUCCGCCUGGACCCCCUGGGCCUGCUGGAGAUGCUGGAGCUCCCGGUAAGCAAGGCCCUGAAGGUCCCCCUGGCCAUCCAGGCUUCGUCGGUGCACCUGGUGAACCAGGCCCCGAGGGACCUGAAGGCAAGGAAGGCAUUGAGGGUGCCCAAGGUGAACAAGGUCCUCCGGGACCUUAUGGCGAAACGGGUCCCCCUGGUGAGGCUGGGGACGCUGGUCCCAAAGGUCGAACUGGUCCUGCGGGUAGACGGGGAAAUCAAGGUCCUCCUGGAGCUCGCGGUUCCCAAGGUCCUCCGGGUCCUCCUGGUCCCCCUGGUCUUGAUGGCCCUGCAGGACCUCUUGGCCUUCGCGGACCUCGUGGGCCUGUCGGUCCAAAGGGCGAACCAGGGCCCCGAGGUGAAGACGGAGCCCCUGGUGCCGACGGUUCAGAUGGUGAGACGGGUCCUCGUGGACCUCAAGGGACGCCCGGACGUCGAGGAAAGGAAGGUACUCCCGGUAAACGCGGACCUGCUGGUCCUAAAGGAGCUCCUGGUGGAAAGGGACCUGCUGGUCUUCAAGGACCACCUGGCCACGAUGGACCGGCUGGUUACCCAGGUCCUGUAGGAAAACGUGGCCCCACGGGACCGCCUGGUGAGCGUGGACCUCAAGGCCCCCCCGGCCUUCGUGGUGAAACCGGUGAGAUCGGCGAGAUGGGUCCUAUGGGACCGCCUGGUAAUGACGGCGAUCCUGGCCCACCUGGCGUUCAAGGUCCCCCAGGUCCGCCUGGUCCACCCGGGCCGCCCGGUUCAAUUAUGAGUGUUCAAGCCCGUCGGUCACCUACUAAGGGUCUCCUAUACGGUGAUGACCCCAAAGUUGCCCGUCAUUUCGGUAUGAAUUCCAUCAAAUUCCCCCGUGGGACCCAGGAAGUUCCUGCUAGGACCUGCGCCCAGUUGGCCGCCACCUUCCCCAGCUACGCCGAUGGGUAUUACUGGCUUGAUCCGAACGGUGGUCGCACAAAUGAUGCGGUUAAAGUUUACUGCAAAAUCAAGACUGGUGAAUCGUGCAUUCAGGCCAAACGAUCUUUCCCUAUUACCAGCUGGGCAGGAGUUCCUAAAGAAAUUCCAGUUUGGUUCCAGCAAUAUAACAAGUUUGGAGAGGUGAGGAGACAAACUCGACUGUUGAUGUUCAGGACCUUUGACUAUGCCAUCGACGCCGAUCAGUUGGCUUUCUUGAAGGUGUUCAGUUCUCGCGCUUUCCAGACCCUUCACAUUUCUUGCCAAGGGCGUUCUGAGAACUCAACUUCGCCCGAACUCCUUGCCGACGAUGAUACCAUUCUGACAAUGAGUCAUCCAAAGAGAAGGUUUGCGUUGCUCGAGAAUGAAUGUGGCCGGGUCGCCGAAGGUUCAACAACCGUUAGGGUCGAUGGCAGCCCCUCGCGUCUUCCACUUCGUGACGUCAAAUUUGCUCCUGGCGUCGAUGCUUUUGGUGUCCAGAUUGGAGAAGUCUGUUUCUCCUAA